UCCGUAGCACCACUUCCGUAGCAGAACAGAAAGGAAGAAAGAUGGCGGCGGAAAACGAAGCGGUUGUGGAUUUGAAUUCGCCUUUAAAAGACGAGCACUCCAGUCCCAGCGGAACCCGUGAUCCUGAGAGGACAACAAGGAGCUCCAGCUCUUCAAGUGACAGUGACAGUGAUGGAGACAAGCGCUUGAGGAGCAGGGACGAAGCGCGCCGCAGCCCUUCUCCAGUGAGCAGAGAUGGCGCCGAAGAGCAAACCGAGCAAGACGCAGUGCCGAGACGCUCAUCUGCGUCCCGAAGUUCAGACGACGACAGCAGCAGUGAGGAGGACAGUGAUGACGGUGUGAUGCACAGGAUGAAGAGCAGUGUGGCACACAUCAGGCGUGAUGUUCAGGACGAGAGCAGCAGACCCCGACGCAGGAGUUCCUCUGCAGACAGGAACGGCAGUGGAAGGUCGUAUUCCCGCUCUCGCUCCAGAUCUCCGUCCCCACAGAGACGCACAGACAGAGCACGCAGGUCUCGAGAUCGGGACGGACACUGGCGUUCCGACCGGCGCUCCAGCCAUGAGCGAGAUGGAGAUCGAGAGAGGUUCAGGCCCAGGAGGGGAAGAUCUUCAUCUCCGUCACAGAGAGACAAAACCCCAGCUGAUGAGCCUCCGGUUAAGAAGAGGAAGGAGGAGCUGGACCCCAUCUUGACUCGCACCGGAGGAGCGUACAUCCCUCCGGCCAAGCUGCGCAUGAUGCAGGCUCAAAUCACUGACAAGAGCAGUCUAGCGUACCAGAGGAUGAGCUGGGAAGCGCUGAAGAAGUCCAUCAAUGGUCUGAUUAACAAAGUAAACGUGUCCAACAUCGGCAACAUCAUCCAGGAGCUGCUGCAGGAGAACAUCGUCCGCGGCAGAGGUCUGCUGGCGAGGUCUGUGCUCCAGGCUCAGAGCGCUUCUCCCACCUUUACCCACGUCUACGCCGCCGUGGUUGCCAUCAUCAACACCAAAUUCCCUCAGAUCGGAGAGCUCAUCCUCAAGAGGCUCAUCCUCAACUUCCGCAAAGGCUUCAGGAGAAACGACAAACAACAAUGUCUCACAGCCUCCAAAUUUGUGGCUCAUCUCAUCAAUCAGAACGUGGCUCACGAAGUGCUGUGUCUGGAGAUUCUGACUCUGCUCUUGGAGCGGCCCACUGAUGACAGCGUGGAGGUGGCCAUCAGCUUCCUGAAGGAGUGUGGCCUCAAACUUACAGAGGUUUCCCCCCGCGGCAUUAACGCCAUCUUCGAGCGCCUGAGGAACGUCCUGCACGAAUCAGAGAUAGAUAAACGCGUGCAGUACAUGAUUGAGGUGAUGUUUGCCAUCAGGAAGGAUGGCUUUAAGGACCAUCCCAUAAUUCCUGAAGGCCUGGACCUGGUGGAGGAAGAGGACCAGUUCACUCACAUGCUUCCUCUAGAGGACGACUACAACACGGAGGACAUUCUCAAUGUCUUCAAGAUGGAUCCAGACUUCCUGGAGAAUGAGGAGAAGUACAAGACGAUUAGAAAGGAAAUUCUGGAUGAGGGGAGUAGCGAUUCAGAUGGCGAUGCAGAAGGCAGCGACGAUGAAGACGGCGACAAAGAAGACGAAGAUGCAGAAGCCGGAGAAGAUGAAGACAAAAUCACCAUUUUCGAUAAGACCGAGGUGAACCUGGUAUCAUUCCGCCGCACCAUUUAUCUGGCCAUUCAGUCAAGCUUGGACUUUGAGGAAUGUGCUCACAAGCUGAUCAAGAUGAACUUCCCUGAAAACCAGACGAAGGAGCUGUGUAACAUGAUCCUGGACUGCUGCGCCCAACAGAGAACCUACGAGAAGUUCUUUGGUCUUCUGGCUGGGCGCUUCUGCUUGUUGAAGAAGGACUACAUGGAGAGUUUUGAGGCCAUCUUCCAGGAGCAGUACGAAACCAUUCACAGGCUGGAGACCAACAAACUCCGCAACGUGGCUCGAAUGUUCGCACACCUCCUCUAUACAGACUCCGUCCCGUGGAGCGUUCUAGAGUGCAUUCGAAUGAGUGAAGAGACGACGACGUCCUCAAGCCGUAUUUUCGUCAAGAUCCUCUUCCAGGAGCUGUGUGCCUACAUGGGACUUCCGAAGCUCAACGAGAGACUCAAGGACAUGACACUGCAGCCCUACUUCGAAGGCCUGUUCCCUCGCGACAACCCGAGGAACACCAGAUUCGCCAUCAAUUUCUUCACCUCCAUCGGUCUCGGAGGCCUCACAGAUGAGCUAAGAGAGCAUCUAAAGAACGCCCCAAAGAUGAUCAUGACCCAGAACCAGGACGUCGAGUCUUCUGACUCUUCCUCCUCCUCAUCCUCAUCAUCAAACUCGUCGUCCUCGGGCAGUGACUCGGACUCCAGCGACUCGGAUGACUCGUCUGACAGCUCCAGCUCUUCAGAUUCAGACUCAGACAAGAAGCAGAAAAAGAUUUCCCAACAUGGAAAGAAGCAUAAGGAGAAGAGCUCUAAACACAGCUGUCCUGCAGAAGAGAGGCAAAGUAAAAGAAACCAGAAACUAGACAAAAGUGCGGAGGACCCUCUAAGACAACGGGACAAAUCCCAUAAGGAUAUGCGAGAACGUGGGCGAAGGGACUCGCCUGUGCAAGCUCGUGGACGAAAAGAAUCUCCUGAUUUGCAAGAGCGUGGGCAAAUGCACUCUCCUGACUUGCAAGCACGUGCGAGAAGGGACUCUCCUGAUGUACGGCCUCGUGGAAGAAGAGACUCGCCUGAUAAACGCAGGCGAAAGGACUCUCCUGAUGUACCACCUCGUGGGAAAAGAGACUCACCCGAUAAACACAGGCGAAAGGACUCUCCUGAUGUACCACCUCGUGGGAAAAGAGACUCACCCGAUAAACACAGGCGAAAGGACUCUCCUGAUGUACCACCUCGUGGGAAAAGAGACUCACCUGAUAAACGCAGGCGAAAGGACUCUCCUGAUGUACGUCCUCAUGGAAGAAGAGACUCACCUGAUAAGCGCAGGGGAAAGGGUUCUCCUGAUGUACGACCUCGUGGGAAAAGAGACUCACCUGAUGAGCGUGGGCGCGACAGAAGGGACUCGCCUGUUGCGAGAGAGAAAGAGAGAAAGGACUCGCCGGUUGCACGAGGCAGAAGGGAGUCGCCGGUUGCACGAGGCAGAAGGGAUUCGCCGGUUGCGCGCAGCAGAAGGGAUUCGCCGGUUGCGCGCGGCAGAAGGGAUUCGCCGGUUGCACGCGGCAGAAGGGAGUCGCCGGUUGCACGCGGCAGAAGGGAGUCGCCGGUUGAGCGCGGCAGAAGGGAGUCACCGGUUGAGCGCGGCAGAAACGAGUCGCCUGUUGCACGCGAACGCGGGAGAAGGGAGUCGCCUUUUGCCCGCGAACGCGGGAGAAGGGAGUCGCCUUUUGCCCGCGAACGCAGGAGACGGGAGUCGCCUGAUGCGCGCGGGAGACGGGAGUCGCCUGAUGCGCGUGGGAGACGGGAGUCGCCUGAUGCGCGCGGGAGACGGGAGUCGCCUGAUGCGCGCGGGAGACGGGAGUCGCCUGAUGCGCGCGGGAGACGGGAGUCGCCUGAUGCGCGCGGGAGACGGGAGUCGCCUGAUGCGCGCGGGAGACGGGAGUCGCCUGAUGCGCGCGGGAGACGGGAGUCGCCUGAUGCGCGCGGGAGACGGGAGUCGCCUGAUGCGCGCGGGAGACGGGAGUCGCCUGAUGCGCGCGGGAGACGGGAGUCGCCUGAUGCGCGCGGGAGACGGGAGUCGCCUGAUGCGCGCCACCGCAGCUGGCAAUACAAAACCCGAGAUAAUGAGGACUCACGUAAAUACAAGGACACCAAGAUAAACAGAGAGUGCAGACGCAGCCAAGAGCAAGAGAGGUCAAAGUCAAAAUCUCAGGAGAGAAGCAGCAGAGACUCGUAUAGGAACGGAACGGAGCGUGACGACAAGGAGAACCGGUACAGAGAGUCCAGGAGGAGAGAGGACAGAAGUGUAGAGAGAUCACCCAGAAGACGCAGAUAGCCCACAGCACGGGACAAACCAGUUAAUACAUUGCAAACUUUGAACCAUGAAAUGCAGUGUUUCUGUACAAACUAGCAGUGCAUUGUGGGAAAUAUGGACAGUUUUAGAUUCCCAUUGGACAGUAGAAAUUUGAGUAGUGUUGGUAACCUGGAGGAUAUUUUGUAUUUUCUGAAUUCCCUAAAAUGUUUUGUGUUUAUAUGACCAUUAAAAGAACCAAUUAAA